GAGGAGCAUCGGUCCGCCGGUCGCUCGGGCCCGGACCUGCCCGAACAUCUCGUUUCUCUCUCGCGCUCGGAGAAGCCGCUGCCGCCGGCUGUCAGUCGAGCGCCCGCCCCCACCCUCCCGCGCCCCCCGCGCGCUCUGCAUCCCUGAGGCGCACUGUCUAGCAAAAUUCUCACCGGCGAACAUGUUAAUGUUGUGGUUUGCGGCUCUCUUGGCGGCUACGCUCAGCACGGGGAUUCCUACCACUGUUACCUGCGAGACCCGGGUGUUUGGCGAUGCGACGGUCGGCUGUAUACCGGGCCUAGAUGAGGACCAAUUGGCCGUAGCGUAUGCUACAGUGAACCCCAGCUUUCAUCCCAAGGGUGUAUGGUCCCUGAGCAUCACGCUUCAGCGGCACCGCUCAGCAAGACGCGUACACGACUUCAUCAACAUCCUGGACAGCAUCGCGCGCAGCAGGUGCCAUGUGACGACCGCCUACUACAACGCAGAGUUUUGCGCCGACGUAAAUGUGGCUCGCAACGUAACCAACGCAGCCUACGAUGCCCUGUUCCCGGACGAGGACCUCGGUAUCGUUACGCCCGCCAACACUUCGGUGUUCAUCCCCGAGUAUGUCAGCUUCCACGAAGUACGCGUGAACGAGUUGUGGUCGCAGCUGCACGAUGGUGCUGGACAACCCGUUUUCGUCGAUCGUGUAGUGCUACAGAAGCUGUCAGAACUGAUUCGCGCGAAGGUGGCGCGUCUAAAACAGCUUGCUGACGACGAUGCCAAUAUGUGGACUAAACUGCUUGUGUACUCUACUGCGCCCUCCAGUUCCGCUCUCGCAUGCCCUGUGCUUGAAGAUGCAUACGCGCAUGCUGCGUCAAUGCUCCCUCCCGGUGUAACUUUCAACGGACCGCUCUCUUGUAGUGCAUUGCCUCCGCUCGGCAUACGCCGUAGCGUUAGGGAAGUUAUUUUAACUAUGUACUUAGACGUGGGCCUCGUCUGUAGCGACACCCUUGCAUUUCCGGUGCCCAUAAUUUUUAACGAAACCCAUCUUUUGACUCUGGUUGUACCGGAUGGUGCUGUCCUGAGCUGCGCUGGUGAGCCCCCUGAGCGAACCGCCUCACUAUGUGCCGAAGGGCUUUACCCGAGGGGGCCGCCACUCCCGGAAUCAUGUGUACACGGACCCUAA